GAAGGGACACACUGACUGUUAUAAUAACACUACACCGGCAACUCCAGGCUUCCACAGCAGAGAGAGUCAGUGACAAAUAGCUCAUUUUUUUUUCUUUAAAAAAAUCAUAAAACCAGCAACUUGUUUGCUAGUUUUAUUUGUUGGAUUUUUUUCCUUUUCUUUCUUUUUUUCUUUUUGGUGUGUGGUGGUUAUUUCUAAGUGUGGAGGGUAAAAGGAGAUACCAGACUCAGUCCAAUCCCUCUCCAAAACGGCUUCUCUGGCACUCCAGGUAGCAAGGGAGUUGGGACUCCAAGUUGUGCGAGGAGCAAAUGAUGACCGCCAAGGCCGUAGACAAAAUCCCAGUAACUCUCAGUGGUUUUGUGCACCAGCUGCCUGACAUCUACCCGGUGGAGGACCUUGCCGCCACGUCGGUGACCAUCUUCCCCAAUGCCGAACUGGGAGGCCCUUUUGACCAGAUGAACGGAGUGGCUGGAGAUGGCAUGAUCAACAUUGACAUGACAGGAGAGAAGAGGUCCUUGGAUCUCCCAUAUCCUAGCAGCUUUGCUCCUGUCUCGGCACCCAGAAACCAGACCUUCACUUACAUGGGCAAGUUCUCCAUUGACCCCCAGUACCCUGGUGCCAGCUGUUACCCGGAAGGCAUCAUCAAUAUCGUGAGUGCAGGCAUCCUGCAAGGGGUCACCUCCCCGGCUUCAACCACAGCCUCAUCCAGCGUCACCUCUGCCUCCCCCAACCCACUGGCCACAGGACCUCUGGGUGUGUGCACCAUGUCCCAGACACAGCCUGACCUGGACCAUCUCUACUCUCCACCACCACCUCCUCCUCCUUAUUCGGGCUGUACUGGAGACCUCUACCAGGACCCCUCUGCGUUCCUGUCAGCAGCCAACACCUCCAACUCUUCUUCUCUGGCUUACCCACCACCUCCUUCCUAUCCGUCCCCCAAGCCAGCCACGGACCCAGGUCUCUUCCCCAUGAUCCCAGACUAUCCUGGAUUUUUUCCAUCUCAGUGCCAGAGAGAUCUACACAGUGCAGCUGGCCCAGAUCGAAAGCCCUUUCCUUGCCCCCUGGACUCCCUGCGGGUCCCCCCUCCACUUACUCCACUCUCUACCAUCCGCAACUUUACCCUGGGGGGGCCCAGUGCUGGGGUCACUGGAUCAGGAGCCAGUGGAGGCAAUGAGGGACCUCGGCUGCCUAGUAGCAGCUCUGCAGUAGCUGCUGCAGCGGCCUAUAACCCACACCACCUGCCUCUGCGGCCCAUCCUGAGGCCUCGAAAAUACCCCAACAGACCCAGCAAGACACCAGUGCAUGAGAGGCCCUACCCGUGCCCAGCAGAAGGCUGUGACCGGCGUUUCUCCCGCUCAGAUGAGCUGACAAGGCACAUCCGAAUCCACACAGGACAUAAGCCCUUCCAGUGUCGGAUCUGCAUGCGCAACUUCAGCCGUAGUGACCACCUCACUACACACAUCCGUACACACACGGGUGAGAAGCCCUUUGCCUGUGACUACUGUGGCCGCAAGUUUGCCCGGAGUGACGAAAGGAAGCGUCACACCAAGAUCCACCUGAGACAGAAGGAGAGGAAAGGCAGUGCCCCUUCCUCAUCGGUGCCAGCCCCCUCUUCAGCCUCUUGCACGGGCGUCUCACAGGCUGGUGGCAGCCUAUGCAGCAGCAACAACAGCACUAUCGGUGGAGGGCCGCUCGCCCCAUGCUCCUCUCGGACCCGAACACCUUGAGAGGAGAAUCAAGUUGACACACCAGUUCCUCAAGGCCCCCAAAGGCAUUUCGUCUACUCCAGCUGCAUGACAAACACUACCACCCUUCCCUGCUCCCCUUCCAUUUGGUGGGCAAAGGGCCUUGGUAGAACCCAGUCAGUCCUGCCCUUCUUUCCUUUAGAAACAGGUCUUUCCUAAAAUUUAGCACAUUUUGGUGAGUUGACUGUCACCCCAAGGCAAUAGGGAGGAGUCCCAGAAGGAGGUUGAGUGAGAGCCCUUGGCCUACAGGGCUGAGGCCUGGCCCCUGCUUUCAAGGGUUGUUUGACUAGGUUUUACUGCACCAUCCUCUUUUGUUGACUGGAGACAUUUUCUACAAUAAGUUGGGAGAGGCUGAUCCUUUAAAAUGGGGACAGCAAAAAGAUAAGGAAAACUAUUGUGCACUUUAUGGCUUGGGACUGAUUCGGGGGACGGUGUACAGCGAACAGUGAGCAAAUGGCCUUUACUACGCCGCAUUCUGUGGCCCCAGAACCAGCUUAUCUAGUCGUCUCAACCCUUAAAGCAAUAUGUAUUAUAAACCCAGAGAACAGAAGUGCAAUGUGAUGGAGGGGACAUAGCAAUAUUUGCUCCUUUUGUUGAGUUUUGUAUAGACUAUUUUUUUUCAGUGUAUAUCCACUCAGAUUUUGUGUAUUUUUUGAUGUGCACUGUUCUCCAAGUUCUGAAUAUUUGGGAAAAAAAUGUAAAGCAUUUAUGAUCUCUUGAAGUGAGUCAGAGGUUAACUUAUUUAAAGGGGGAUGUACAUAUAUAUGUUCUCUGAAACUAGGAUGCAUGCAAAUGUGUUGGAAGUGUCCUUGGUGCCUUGUGUGAUGUAGACAAUGUUACAGGGUCUGCAUGUAAAUGGGUUGCCUUACUAUGGAAAAAUAAUCACUCCUUGGGUUAAGUAUGGCUGUAUAUUUCUGCCUAUUAAUAUUUGGAAUUUUUUUAGAAAGUAUAUUUUUGUAUGCGCUGUUUUGUGACUUAAAUGUGUUACCUUUGUAGUCAAAUUUCAGAUAAGAAAAUGUACAUGUUACUGGAGCUGAUUUGUUUGGCUAUUAGCUCAAUAGUUGUGGAAAAACAAGUGAUCUAUUCUAAUGCUAAACCACUAACUAGAGUUCAGAUAAUGGUUUAUGACUAUAGU